CUGGAAAACGGGGACUCAAGGACCAGAUAGGAGCUCCCAGGCACAGCCAAGAGAGGAGGAGCAAUGGGCUGUGGACCGUCCCAGCAAGCAGGGGACCAGAGCCAGAGCCGCUGCGUGCCCUCGCCCAGGAAGGGCUGGGAAGAGGGAUCCAAGGCUGAUGUCAGAGUGACUCCUUCCAAGAAUUGCAGCCCCCAAACUGAAGCUACAUGGGGCAAGGACACUGUAGAUAAUGCUGAAAGUCUUCACCAACAAGCCCAGAUGGAAAGCUUGCCUGGGACUAUUCCAGAAAGUUCUCCAUGUAAAACAAAUGGAAGAGUAAAUUCAGACCCAGUGGCCAAUGGAAUUAUCAAUAAACCCCAACUCCUGGAAAGUCGGGAGCGACUGAAGUCAUCAGACAUCCUGGAGGAGUUAAUUGUCCAAGGAAUCAUCCAGAGCCGAAGCAAAGUAUUUAGAAAUGGAGAGUCUUAUGAUGUCAUGGUGGAUGCGCCUGAAAAGCCACUGAGAAAACCACCAGCCAGGCUGAAAAAACUGAAGGUGAAAAAAGAGGUAAAGGAUUUCACAAUCCAAGACAUAGAGGAAAAGAUGCAGGCCGCAGAGGAGCGCCGAAAGACAAAGAAAGAAGAAAUAAGAAGACGGCUACGGAGUGACCGACUUCUGCUCACCGCUGAGCCUUCGGAUGUAGCUGAACCAGAAAGGGUGAAGAAGGUUCCAUUUGCAAAAGGCCUUCCAGAUGUGAGCACCCCUGCUUUGCAGAGGCCCUACAUGCAGGAAGGAGAGCCACUCAAAAGAAAGAGUGAAAGGGAUGUAGCCCAGAUGAACAGGAACGACCCCUGUACGGGUUUGGGGGUUGUGGAGUCAGAUGUGUAUUACAACCAAGACGAUGACAUAUUCUAAUAUUGCACUUUCAAAAUGAA